AAAUGAUUCGUAUAGCUAAUAGUAAAUCUGUGGCACGCUUUUCUGGAGCAUUGUGGGGACCAAUUCAUGAAAGACCAAUUGUAGAUAGAGUGAUGUCAACAUCAUAAUGGCCAGUCCCAUAUUAUUAAAGAAUUUUUAAGGCAUAUCCUGUUAGAUGUAAAAUGUUAUUAAAAAGAAAAAGAAAAUAAAUAAACUUGGGCAAUGAAUUUAGCUGGAGCAGAAAUUCAUGAUAUUAAUUGGUAUUGUGCAAAACAAGCUUUAAGCAGAACUCUUAAAGGCAGAUAAGCUGUUGAAUAUGUUGAAAAUAAUAUUCCAACUUAAAGUAAAUAUUUUAUUUAAUCAAAAGGCUACAUUGUGAUUCAAAAGGAUGUCUCAAGAAUGGCAAAAGCAUACGUUAGUGAUUUAAGCCUUUUCCUUAGUGUGGCAAAUAAGGAAAGCAAAGUCAUAUUAGACUCUGUUGAAUUAAUUUGAAAUA